AUGGGGGAGCGCAGCGCGGCGCGGCGGCGAGACACGGCCCGGCGGCUGGCGCGCUUCGCCGAGCUGCGAGGCGCGGCCGCCCGGCCCGGCGAGCUGUGGGACGCGGUGGUGCUGACGGCGGCGGACGCGGCGCAGGCGGACGCGUUCCGGGAGCAGCUGGCGGAGAAGCUGCGGCGGGGGCAGCUGCCCGCGGCUGUCCGGUACCUGGUGUGCGCCGACCCGCCGGGGCCCAGGAUCGGAAAUGGUGGAUCAACUCUUCAUGCUCUUCAGUGCUUGGAGGAGCAGUAUGGUGAUCAGUGGGCUUCCUUCACUGUGCUGCUAAUCCAUUCUGGUGGUUACAGCCAGCGUUUGCCAAAUGCAAGUGCCCUGGGCAAGAUCUUCACAGCCCUGCCCUUCGGGGAUCCCGUGUACCAGAUGCUGGAGCUGAAGCUGGCCAUGUACAUCGACUUCCCCCGUCACAUGAAACCAGGGGUGCUCAUCACGUGUUCGGAUGACAUCGAGCUGUACAGCACUGCAGUCACAGAAACCAUCACCUUCGACAAACCCGGGUUUACCGCGCUGGCUCACCCCUCAGACGUGGCAGUCGGCACCACGCACGGGGUGUUUGUGUUAGAUCCCGCCAGUUUUUCAGGAAAAGGAGGACUGGAAUACGGAUCCUGCCGUCGUUUCCUGCACAAGCCUGACGUGGAGACCAUGCAGCAGAGUGGUGCAGUGUGUGUGAGGGGGCACUGCCCUCAGCUCCUCUCCCCUGGGAACUGCGGAGACUCGGGCACGGCCUCGGAGUGUGUGUACACGGACAGCGUGUUCUACAUUGACCACAGCACUGCCAAGCAGCUGCUGGGGUUCUACAGGCAGAUCGGCACUCUUCGCUGUGAAAUAGAUGCAUAUGGUGACUUUCUCCAGGCCCUGGGGCCUGGUGCCACUCCAGAUUACACCAGAAACACAAGAAAUGUCUCCAGGGAGGACUCAGGGUUGGUGGGAGUGCGGCAGCAGCUGUACUCCCUCCUGCAGGGCACCCCCCUAAAUGUCAUAGUCCUCAACAACUCCCAGUUCUACCACAUCGGGACUACUCAGGAGUAUCUGUUUCAUUUUACUGCUGAGAGCAAGCUGAGAUUUGAGCUUGACUUGCAGCCUGUGGCUUUCAGCAUCUUCCCUGACACAGCCAAAACCUCGGAUGGGUUGAGCAUCAUCCAGAGCGUCCUGGAGCCCGGGUGUGCGGUAGGGCCUGGCUCUGUCAUUGAGUACUCCAGGAUUGGGCCUGAAGUCUCGGUAGGGAAAGGCUGCAUUGUUAGUGGGUCCUACAUAAAUUUCAGUGUAGACAUUCCCUCAGACUGCUUCCUGAGUUCAGUGAGUGUGAAAAUUACUGAUCAGGUGGAGUAUGUCACCAUGGUGUUCGGGGUGGGCGAUGACUUGAAAAAGAGCGUGAAAUCUCUGUGUGAUAUACACUCCCUCCAGUUCUUUGGAGCCAGCUUACCAGAAUGCCUUGACCUCUGGAGCAUAGAGCCUUCGGACCAGCUCUUCUCCAGUGAGGACUCACGCUUGGGGCUGUGGACCGCAAGGAUUUUCCCUGUUUGUCGUACCCUGAGUGACUCGGUUAGGAUGUCACUGGACAUGCUGAAUUCGGUGCAGCACAGGUCAGCUCUCCAACUGAGCUGCUUUCAGCUUCUGUCUGUUGAAGAAAUGCUCACCUACAAAGAUGUGAAAGACAUGCUGAAGUUUAGGAAGCAAAUUUAUGAUGAAAUCUGCCUACAAAGACAAAAAGAGAAGUCUGAUUUUAGAAUGAACAGUACUUGAACAAAUCUCCUGUUUUCAUUUGUGGAUUGAUUACUUCCCAGCAUGUAAGAAUCCUAAGGGAAAAGUACACAGAUCUCUUCUCUGAUCUCAUUGAAGUAGAAAUAAAGAAAUAGCAUAACAUUGGUAAAGCAGCAAAUGCAGAUAAACUGUUCUUUUGAUUAAAGUAGGGAAAUAUUUCGGGUCCGAAAACACUAACUGGUGACUUUUUGUGGGUUGCAUGUUAUGUCUUGUAGUUUUUGUCAGUAAUGAUAUGAUGCAGAAAAAAUAAUUGUCUAUUUGGCUAAAAAUUGCUUUAAAAGCUUUUAAAGGGUAGAAUAUUAGCUCCAGCAAUGUGAAAUAAUACAACCACUUAUGUUUCUCUCUUUUCAUGGUGCCAUUUUACAAUACAUUUUCAGUUAGGUAAAAUUAUUUAAAGUGCAUUUAAUUCAAGACAUCUUGUCUUAGGCAUUAAUAAAUUAUUCUCUUUUACUUUGUAAAUUUUUUGUCCUUUCCUGGUUUUCAUCAGAGAUUAUUCUUCCCCUUGUGACUCAUAGUACCGGGCUCAACACCUGCCACAAGACAUACUGAUUUAUUUUUUUUACUGGUAGUUGUUGGAAGCUGGCAGGGUGAUGAAGAGGCUGCCAGCUCUUUGUUACCCACGGAUUGGAUGUGGGUAACAGAGACUGUUGACUGAUGUGGCCAUGCAGAAAGCAGCAUUUUGUAUUUCUCUGAAGCAGCUCUGGGGGUUCAUCCUCCUGCGGGGCGGAGCAGCCCCCAGAGAGGUUCACUGUGAGUGGCACCGCAGUACCUGUCUUCAGAGGAACUCUCUUCCCCUUCUCCCCUUCUGCAAAUGAAGUUUACAACAAAGUCCUCCUGUUUCUAGUCCAGAUGCCCAAGAUCCAGCUCCAAAGGGGCGAAUCUUCUAUUUUUGAGAGUAUGCUGUGGAGUGUAUCAGAGUGAUUUGUCUGUAAACAUGAUGCAUUAUUUUCUCUUCAAUGUCUCUGCAGGUUUUCAUGUUUUAUUUAAUGUUUCAUGAUGACAGUGUUUAUCUCCCUGCUGACUGAAUUCCCAAAUGGCACCUUUUUUAUGCCACCUACGAGGCAGCAGAGGAACAUCCCCAGGGCAUUACCCACCCUUCUUUAACCUGCACUGGGUUUCUUCUUUGUUCAUAAACCUUCCAAGAAAAAAUACAAAGAAGCUAAACGUGGAGGUUGGGAAUUGCUGGAGUUGACU